AUGCCAGCGAAUGAGGCCUGCAAUGUGGUGCACUUCAAAAUGCCAGCCAGCGAGGGCGAGAUCCCAGAAGGUUACUUCCAGGAAGGUGAAGCUGUGGUUUACCACAGCCGCACCCAGGGCGCGUACUUGCGAACCCGCAUAACCAAAAUCCACGCGGCGGCUGGUGUCGUGACUGCCAUCGAUCUCACUUGCAAGACCAGUUGCGAUCUGAGCAAGAUUGCGAAGAUUCAGGAGAACAGUGACACGGAUCUCCAGGUCCUCUCCGAGCUUCCAUCUCCACUCCGCGAGAACUGUGAGAUGGCAGUGGUGGGAAGAGGACAAGCCGCCGUGCAGAAGGAUACAGUGCGGAGCAAGAUCAGGAGCAAAGGCCUCAAGGACAGGAGCUUGACACAGGACGCGUUGAGUCCAUCCGUCAAGUUCAAUGUCGGGGACAAAGUGUACUACGAAAGCAGGUCACAUGGCCGAAAGGUCCUUGCCAUAGUGGAGGGCAUCACUUCGGAGGGCUUCUACGACCUGGAUGUGAAGAAAUUUGCUGAUCCCAGAAACCUUUCGCCAUAUAUAGCUGAGACAGUGGAGGAUUACGCAGCAGUCCGCCACCCUGUUCAGCUACCUCUUCAGCCUGUGCGUGCUGAUGGCACACCACGCCUGGAGAGCGCACUUACACCACUGGGCUUUGGCGCGGCGGAGUUUGUGGCCAGCCGCCACACCGGAGAGGGAGAAGUCGUGAGCUGCAAGGUCUCGCCAGCAGUGCCGGUGGGCCGUGUAUUGUCUGAGCUUCCCUCACCGCUGCAUGUUGAGAAUGCAGACUUCGGUGAUGGAAUCUGCGACGAUGGCAGACUGGUCAGAAGCAAAGUCCUUCACAAGACCAAGAGCCAGCUGGAAGCGCGGAGUCCACUCAUGAAGUUCAAUGUGGGGGACAAAGUGUACUACCAGAGCAAGAGUUUUGGCCAAAGGAUCAUUGCCACAGUGGAGGGCAUCACAUCCGAGGGCUUCUACGACCUGGAUGUUAGGCAAUCUGCCGAUCCUAAAAACAUAUCGCCAUACAUAGUGGUGAAGAAAGGGCGGCCACGGCAAAACCCGGAGCCCGGCCCUGCUUUUCCUUCUCCUUCAGCCAAAUUCCGAGGAGUUUCCUGCAGCCAAACCUUUGGAUCAGGCACGUUGCCGGCCCCUUUCUUGGCCAUAAGCUUUGCUAUCUUCAUGCAGCAUUUUCAUGGAAACGCCUUCAAAGCAAAACGUCAGUUCUAUUGUAAUUAUAGUUCCAAUCUUGGUUGCUUUUCUAGCCCUUUUUACACGUUGGGAAAGCCGCUGCGGCCUCGGACCUCCCCACAGGAAGCCUUCGCUGAGUUUGUCGCCAAGUUUCGUGGCGAGCUUCAUUGCCCUGGUGCCUUUGAGCCAAAGCUCAGCACGGUUCGGCAGCAGUUGUUGGCGCACCUGAGCCUCAGUGAGUCUGCCAGCAUAAAGGAGAUGACUGGCUUUAAAGGGGGUCUGAAUCAGGGAAUCUGGAUCGUGUCUGAUUACAGCCAGAAGCUUGUCCUGAAGCAGACCAGGUGUCAGCGCAUUGCUGUCAAUGUCAUGACGGAGGCGGAGAACUUCGUGCGAAUCGCGCGAGAUCAUCCAGAGAUCACCAAUGAUCCAAUGAUCGCUUUCCCUGUGAAGAUCUUUAGCUGCAUAGGUCCAGAAGGGAAGAUCAGCGAUGUGAUCGCCAUGAAGAAAUGCCCUGGGGAACGGCUUUGCGAGUUCGUGGCCCACAAGUUUUAUGCCAACCAGAUGUCGCAGUUGACUCAUGCGCUGGAACUGGUCGGUCAGAGUCUUUCACAGUUUCACUUUCGUUACGGCCACGAGCAGCAUGGUGACUUUCAACCCUCCAACAUUUACUAUGAGGAAAGCACGGAUACCGUGACCUUCAUUGAUGUUGGUGGAAUGGGAGUGCCAACUCUUGGGGGUGAUGUGGACCAUUUCCACCAGUGUAUCCGGGCCAUGACCUCAAGCUACCAAGCGAAUCUGUUUGUCGAGCUGUUGAGGGCCUUCGACAAGGGAUAUCAAUCUCCUUGCACUCCCCGACUCCAACAGGGUUUCCGUGCACUUCGAUAA